AUGGCUCUUCGUGGCCUAUGCUCAGCACCGGUUACUUGUUCCACCUCAGGAGCUCCAUCCAGCUAUAGCAAGACAUAUGAGUGUGGCUCCCAUUGGGAUGUUGAUGUUUAUACAGGUUAUACAACAAGAAACAUUCUGUGCAUGCCUAUCGUGAGCAGAGGUAGCGUCAUAGGUGUUGUACAGAUGGUGAACAAACUUAGUGGAAGUGCCUUCUCUAAAACAGAUGAGAACAACUUCAAAAUGUUUGCUGUUUUCUGUGCUUUAGCCUUACACUGUGCAAACAUGUACCACCGAAUACGCCAUUCAGAGUGUAUUUACCGAGUAACUUUGGAAAAAUUGUCAUAUCAUAGUAUUUGCACUUCAGAUGAGUGGCAGAACCUCAUGAACUGCACCCUCCAGGAAUCUUUGUGUAAAGAAAUAGCACUAUAUCACUUUGAUAUUACACCAUUUGAAGACCUUUGGCCAGCAAUUUAUGUAUAUAUGAUCCAUCAAUCUUGUGGUAAGAACUGUUUUGAAUUAGAAAAGUUGUGCAGGUUCACCAUGUCGGUGAAAAAGAACUAUCGGCGAGUACCAUACCACAACUGGAAGCACGCAGUAACCGUAUCUCACUGCAUGUAUGUCAUCCUUCAACAUAACCAUGAUCUAUUCACAGACUUGGAG